ACGCAAGAAGCACCUAAGCAGAGAAGUACCGAAGCAGAGAAGCAAGAAAGCACCGAAGCACAGACGCAAGAAAGCACCAAAAAGCAAAAAGCACCGAAGCACAAAUACAAGAAAGCACCAAAGUACGCAAGAAGCACCGAAGCAGAGAAGCAAGAAGCACCGAAGCAAAGAA